AUGGAGAAAUUACGAAACGUCAUUAAGACGAAAGUCUCGGGAGAAUACAUGAUCAGAUUACCUGAUCUGGAACGAAUUCUUCAUUUAGCUGGACAGAACUUCUCGAAAACGACCAUCGAAGACAUCCAAAAGGAAUUGGAAGAUGUCUAUCAAACGGAUGAAUAUUUCCUUGACGAAGUCGAGCCAAUACUUGCACCGUAUUGGGAGGAAUUUACCGAUGAGGAAAUUUCUCAUAUUUUAAUUAAGUCGUUUCAAACUUUCGACAGUGAACAGCAAGGCUUUAUUGAUAAACAAGAUCUUAUUCGACACUUAACAACGUUGGGCGACACGCCAUUGACAUCGAAAGAUUUUCAAAUUAUGUUUUCAUUCAUGAAAACUUCGAAGAGAUUUGAUUAUCAACAAUUCGUGAAGAAGCUCUGCAGUUCAACAAGCAGUAAAAAGAAGAAGAAGAAGAAGAAGAAGAAGAAGGCGAAGAAAGGAAAAUGA